AUAUAGUUAAAAAAGAUCAAACCUAACCAAAACAGGGAGCCAGAAAUGUGUAUAGACCUAUUCAAGAAAAUCUUUAUAAGUUUGAAUUAACAGCUAAGGUUCUUGAGUUUUCAGUAUCACAAACCAAAACAAAUGAUAGAUAAAAUUGGUUCAGGAACCCAUCAUGCAUUAGAUUUCAUCCAUUCAACACAUGACAUGUGUGGCUAAUAAAAAGACCCAAAACAUAUUGGUUUAGCUUCCCACAACUAAUAUACACACUCCAACAACUGCACCAGCGUUUGUGUUUCACAACUACUCCAUCUUAACCAAAUGACCUCCUGUCUAUUUAAAGAGCAAGGUCUACAGCACAACCACAUAUUCUGGUUAACCUUCAACUAGAAGUUCUUAGAGACCCAAAGCCCCUCACACACACAAAUUGCAAGAUGUUCAAGCAAUCAUCACUGGACGUCUCCAUCACCAUGCUAAUUGCUAGCAUAUGGAUGGCAACAAUUGUGUCAGCAGUGGAUCUUGCAACCACAGGUGGGGAAGCGCCAGUCCUUGAGUUAUACAUGCAUGACAUUCUUGGAGGCAAUAACCCUACAGCUAGGCCGAUUACCGGCUUGCUAGGGAACAUCUACAGUGGUCAAGUACCCUUUGCUAGGCCAGUGGGGUUCAAUCCUCCAAAAGAUGGGGUCGCCAUCCCCAAUGCCAAUGGUGCCAUUCCACUUGUUAAUGGCAACAACGGUAUCCCAUUAGGAACAGGAUUAGCAGGUAGUGCUUUUGGAGGAAAACCAAAUGACCCAAACCAGAAUGGUAAAACGGCAACCCAAUUAGGACCUGAUGGGUUGGGUCUAGGUUUUGGAACGAUCACUGUCAUUGAUGAUGUGUUGACCUCUGGUCCAGAGCUAGGGUCACAGUCUAUAGGGAAAGCCCAGGGAGUUUAUGUGGCAAGCUCUGCAGAUGGUACCACACAAAUGAUGGCAUUCACAGCUAUGAUGGAAGGAGGAGAAUAUGGUGAUAACCUCAACUUCUUUGGAGUGUACAAGAUUGGAAGCGCUAUGUCACGUUUGUCUGUGACCGGUGGAACAGGAAAGUUUAAGAAUGCUCGUGGUUUUGGUGAGGUGCGGCCACUCAUACCAUCUGGACAACAUGUCACAGAUGGUGCAGAGACAUUGUUGAGGAUCACUGUCCAUCUAAGCUACUAAGGAUGGUACUGUGAAUGAAAAUUUGAUGUGGGUGUGGUUGUGGGAAAAUGAAUGUGUGUAUGGUUUGUUAUUUUCCUGUUAAUGUGGCAUCUAUGAGUAAGGAAUAUGUUUUAAGUUUUAUCAGUC